AUGGAUGUGAGUAUAUCCGUAGCUGUUGUCCGUCUUGUCCGAGGUAAAUGUCGAAUCCCCUUCUAUAGAGUCCGUAUAUCUCAGUUCGAUGGUGAUUGUGGCAUUCAGAGGAUAAAAGUCCGCGUCCCAGGUGAUGUAGACACGGGGACAAACGACACAUCUUACGAGAAAGAGGGAUCGCUUCCGCCCACAGCCCCUGCCGAUAAAUUCCCUGAAGACUUGUGGCAAAAGGGCUUUGAAGCCCUGCUACCAGAGGAGCAAGAACAACUCAAAGAGCUCAUGGUGACACCGGCCGAAUUCUGGCCAAAUGGGGAGCCAACAUCAUCUACCUUUACUGGUACAGAUGUGCGGACAAUAAUCGAGAUGAUGCGGGAAAGGCAGAAGCAAUGGAAUGAUCGAACCUACGAAAUCAAGAUCCGUGGCCACACGAUCGUCCCUCGGGAGUACACGGAGCGGAUCAUUGAUUGUCUUACCACAAUCGGGGACAUUGGGGUUCAAUUUCUGCCCCAGCCCGCGAGCGUAGUUUGGCCCUUGGUUAAAGGUAUUCUGCAGGUGCCGACUAACGCAGACGCGGAAACCGCAGCUGCAGCCAUGACAGCAGAUAUCCUCAUCCGGACCAUCAGCUGCGGAAGUGCAUACGAGGAGAUCUAUCAAGGAAAGGUGGACCUUAAGCUAUGGGAAAUGCUUCAGUCCGCUCUCGUCAAUCUCUAUGUCGCAGCAUUGAAGCUUCUUAUCUUCGCUUCCAAGCGAUUCAAAGAGCAUACCGUCUCUCACCUGAUUGGAGCCUUUUUGAGCCCCAAGAAAGGGCAGAACCAAGUUACAGAUUUGAAGUCGCGUUAUUCCGAGCUGCUUGAAAUUGUCCAAUAUUUUCAGAAUGAGAUAACUGGCCAAAUGAGUGAGAAUGUUAAUGAUAUCAUCAAAGCAUUGGAGAAGUUCCGUGGCCUUGAUUCAUUCGUCGCGAAAAGCUUCGAUGCCAUCUUUGAGCGAAUGGAUGAACAACGAGUGUCAAAAAUUCUCGACUGGGUUUCACCACACAAGCCAUUCGACCGCCAUAGUCCCAAGAAGAAAGAUCGAGCGGCUGAUACAUGCCAGUGGAUUCUUCAUAAUCCAAUCUUCGACGAUUGGGAGCGGAGCAUUUCACCAGAGGUUAUCUGGUUGCAAGGGUCCAUUGGCACUGGGAAAAGCUUCUUGACGUCUAUGGUCAUUGAUCAUCUUUUGGAAACCCAAGAGCCUACUGAGGGACUGGCUUUCUACUACUGUGAACGUAGAGGACAGAGCUUUCAGAUAUCAGAUGAUGUGAUCAGGAGCCUUUUGCGCCAAUUGGCAUGCCCACCCGAAAAAGAGUUCCCUAAUAACAAGAUUCGCAAAGAUUUUCAGAGUCUCUUUGCCAAGAUGGGAAAUCAGAUGAGCGAACUAGAUAUCAAAACCUGCAAACAGUACCUGCAUCAGUCAGUGAAUUGGUAUAGCCGAAUCACGGUUGUUCUUGAUGCUCUUGAUGAAUGUGACAAGGGGUCAAGACAUGAGCUUUUCAAGGAGAUCAUCAAUUUCUUUUCGACUCAAUCGGGGCAUUCAAUUAGGGUAUUUGUUUCUGCUCGUCCGGAGCCUGAUAUUAUGGCCUACUUUGAAAAAUUUCCCGUUAUUGCUACAGAAAAUCCGGGCGUCCAAAAGGAUAUCAAAAGCUUCGUAAGGAACAGGAUCACCUACCUUUGGGACAAUAAGUGGACGAGUAUCUCAAAGGAAGUUAAAACAGAGACGAUCGAUACACUCACAGAAAAGAGCAACGGAAUGUUCCAGUGGGUGAAUUUGCAAAUUGAACAACUUAAGGAAUGUGAUAUUGACAGUGCUGUCCGCGAACGCCUUUCAAUAAUGCCAAAGAAGCUAUCAGAUGCCUAUAACGAAAUUUAUGCCCGGAUAUCCAGAGUGCAUUCUCAAAAACAGCGCGUGGACUGUGCUUUCAAGUGGGUGAUGUGUUCAUACUCGCCUGUGACCCCAGAGUAUAUUGUGACAGCUGUUCGAUAUCUCGAAGAUUGCAAUGCGCCAGAAGAAGAGAUUGGCAUCGAUACGCUACUAGGUCUUUGCCAAAAUUUGCUUGUGAUCGACGAGUCCACAGGCUAUCUGAGGUUUCCACAUGCUUCUGUAGUGGAAUACAUCGAGAAAGAACUGUGGGACACGCCAGCGGCGGACUGUUAUGCUGCCAAGGCUUGCCUGAAGUCUCUUAUGGUCACGCAUGGUGAAGCGAAAGAUGAAACAACCUACAACAUCCAAAGAACAGCCAGAGCACCUGUAGCCACUAAUUAUCAGGUGUCAAUUGAUGGUUCUAGUACACACCUCACGAACCAUUUCCAUAUAUAUUGUCGGCAUCAUUGGAUGGGUCAUGUUCAACGCUAUGAGACCAUGGUGUCAAAUCCGGAAAACUUUGAUAAUGGGCUUGUCUCACUGCUCAAAAGAUUUCUGAAUUCACCAACACAAAGCGGACCUUUCUAUCGAAAGUGGUACCAUGACGUUCUAACGGACGGUCUAUCCGAACCUGCUUCAAGAGACCCUAAAUUGAAGUAUGAGGACAUGUUCCGGUGGACGUACAUGGUGAUGUCAAACGACCUUUCUCUACCGACUCUUCCCAUACUUGCUAUGUGCUUAUUUGGGCUCAAUGCAAUACUUCUCGAUUGGUGGGAAAGCGCUGGGGCAAUGCUUAACACUCUAAAGAAUUCGAGAGAUGAAAGUCUUCUGAUCUUAGCCGUGAAGACUAAUAAUCUUCCUAUUUGUCGGAGGCUUGUGAGAAAUGGUGCUCCUCUUGACUAUGAGUGUGACAAUGGCAAUGCUCUAUACAUGGCGGCCCAAGGAGGCCACAGGGAUAUUGUAGAAUUUCUGGUUCAGAACAAAGCCUCUGUUAAUCACGUUAAUCGCUACCACGGAACUGCUCUGACAGCUGCCGUGUCUUUUGGCAACCUUGAUAUAGCACGGCUAUUGAUAGAGAAAGGGGCAGGGAUGGGGAUCAAUUUCUUUGGAGAAACCGGUUAUACCCCGCUGGGGACUGCAGUUGUACAAGAUAGGCUUGAAGCCAUUCAGUUUCUGCUUGACGAAGGAGCUGAUAUCAACCAGCCUGGAAGUGGCUUUGGAAGCCCUCUUGCUGCUGCUGUCAGAUGUAGCUCUUAUGAAGUGGUACAGCUGCUAUUGAACAAAGGGGCGGAUGUCAAUAAAUUCGACGACAUGUAUGAGAGUCCUCUAGAAGUUGCAGCCGACUCAGGUAGGCUUGAAGUGGUCCAGCUGCUACUGAACAAAGGGGCGGAUGUCAAUAAAUUCGACGACAUGAAUAAGAGCCCUCUAGGAGCUGCAGCCCACUUAGGUGGGCUUAAAAUGGUUCAGCUCCUACUUGAGUACGGAGCGGUUAUAAAUCAACUUGGAGGGCGCUAUGGAUCCCCUCUUGCCGCUGCAGCAGCUGGUGGUAACUUUGAAGUUGCCCGAUUCCUUGUCUCCAAGGGUGCAAACGUCAAUCUGGUGCUUCCAGGAAUUUAUGGAAGCGCCCUUGCAGUUGCUGUAUGUUAUGGAGAGCUUGAGAUUUCUGAGUUUCUAAUCGAAAAUGGAGCGGAUAUCAAUAUGCCGCCCGCGGGCCAGUACGGAAGAGUCUUUGCUAUGGCCGCAUUUCGUGGUCUUUCCGAUGUUAUCCGGCUUCUAGUAGAUAAAGGCGCGAUGAUGAAUCUGCCUCUCGAUAAUGGGCUUGUGGGAAGUGAACUCGCUGGUGCUGCCUGGGCAGGAAAUGUCAAAAUUGUGGAGUACCUUAUCAGCAAAGGAGCAGCAGUUGAUAGGGCUCUUUCGGGGUUUUUCGGAAGUGCCUUGGCUGCAGCAGCAUAUGGAGUGAGAACUGACAGCGUCCGACUUCUGAUCGACAAUGGAGCAAGUGUCCAUCUUCAACUCGAGACUGGAUCGGUGGGAAGUGCGCUUGCGGCAGCAGCCGCAGCUGGAAGACUUGAGAUUGUUAUGCUUCUCAUCGAAAAGGGGGCUGACGUCAACCAGACCUUGAUAACAGGGAAGCAUAAAACCGCAUUGAGUGCAGCUUCGUAUUGGGGGCAGGUUGAGUGUGUCAAGGCUCUACUUGAGGCUGGAGCCAUUGUGGACCUUGCUUUAGUUGAUUUCAGGCCCGAGAACCCCGUCGAGACACCUCGGUAUAAGGUUAAUUUAUUUAGUGUGGAGGAAUUUGAGGAUGUAUUGUGUUCAUUUCCGUGGGGGAAAAGAAACGAACCUCAAAUGGCGGCUGAUAAGCAGGAGGUAUUGAGGAUCCUGGAGAACCACGCCAAGACACAUUGUUAG